CCACUGUUGCACCAAAGCGGAAGCAGGGCAAUCUCAUGGCGUGGAGUUUGGGAAGAUUUGCUCUGUUUCGGUUUUGUCAUUAAAAAACGUCGAAAGGACAAUAGCGAAGCCAUGGACGAGACACCAUCUUGUAUUUGUGAAGAUCUGAAGACGUUUAUCGUAACCUCUGCUCCUCCGGUGGUCUAUUACAUCCCUGAUUUCAUAACAGAGGAGGAGGAAUCGUACCUGCUUCAACAAGUUUACAAAUCUCCCAAAACAAAAUGGACACAACUUUCGGGCAGACGUCUUCAAAACUGGGGAGGACUUCCGCACCCAAAAGGAAUGAUCACUGAAAAGAUACCGGAAUGGCUGCAAACGUACUGUGAAAAAAUCUCACAUCUUGGUGCAUUUAGCGGCAAAACGGCUAACCAUAUUUUGGUCAACGAGUACAAAGCAGGAGAAGGAAUAAUGCCACAUGAAGACGGACCACUGUACCACCCAACUGUGACGACGAUAAGCUUGGGAUCGCAUACAUUACUAGACUUUUACAGUCCGAUAAACAGUAGUUUACAAGAGGGGCAACCACCGCAGACAGAAGAAAACCGCUACCUGUUUUCGUUGCUGGUUAAGCCAAGGAGUUUGUUGAUUUUGCAAGAGGACAUGUACACAUCACUGCUACACGGGAUACAGGGAAGCGAAGAGGACGUGCUGUCGGAGAAAGUGGUGAAUUUGGCUGAAGCUGGAGGAGAAACAGGAGAUACCUUGAGCCGAGGGACCAGAGUUUCACUCACAAUACGACAUGUGCCAAAAGUCAUCAAGAACAAGCUUGUGCUGGGAAGAAAGUAAAGUUUAAAAAAGUACAAAUGUCUCGUAAUAUAUUUCCUGUGAUUAAUGAUGCUUUGCUGUGCCACUGUCAAAAAAGUUUUAACAUAGCCUGAAAGCUUAAGAAAGAUACAACAUGGAUUUAAACAAAUAUUUGAGCAUUCACGGUCCACCUAAACAGGACCAUGAACACUCAUACUGAGUGUUCAUGCUGAGCGUUCAUACUGAGUGUUCAUGGUCCUGUUUAGGUGAGAGUGGCUGGCUUGAGACUAAUGUUAAUUUGCACAAAUCAGCUCAUUUGUUAUAAUCCCAGUAAAUCAGAUCUUUAUGGUCAGAUUAUGGUAAAAGUCUUCACUUAAGUAUCAUAGCUUCAGACAAAGCAGUGCCUACAGUUAGCAUCACCCCUAGGGAAGGUUGAUGACAUCAGCUGCAAAGUAUCAGUUGUGAGAAGGAACAUUACAUUCUCACAACAUAAAAACGCGUGAAAUCAAUUACAUUUUUGCAUACCUUUAUUUGUAAUGAGCUCCUUGAUAAAAAUAAAUGUUUUUUUGUUGUUGAGAUGGAAUCCUGAACCUGAACACAAAAAUGUAAAAAUGAUUGAAAGUGAAAUAACUUGAAUUUGAAAACUGAAAAAUUUUACUUUCAACAUUGUUGAGAUGUUAAAACUAAUGCACUAUUAACUCUGUAACAAAAUGUUUAAGAUCUAAGUGAUAUUUAUACUUGUAUAGAUGUAGAUUGCUGCAGUCUAGAUGCCUUUUUUGCAUUCCUUAAUCCUUUAUUGCAUCUUCAUUACACUACAUUACACUGAGCAGUUUAUUGUUUGAUAUACUGUAACUAGAAAGACACAGAAAAAAUUGCACUGUAAACCUUUUACCAUUUGCAUCAGGCUUUGGUAUUUCAUUAUUCUUACUUGUCAGAGGAAAUAUACCAUAUGCCAUAUUCAAUAAAGCUUUAAAUUUUAUGUGUGAGUCUGUGAUUUUUUUUUUAGGCACACACAAGUUUGUAAAGGAAAUCUCUGGUUUAGAAAAACCUCAUAAAAGUCUCUUGAAUGAACCAGAGCUAAGUCAAGAGGGCGAUAUCAGAACCAGAUCCUGACGCAAGACUAGAUGCCUUCAAUGGAGCUAAACAGUCCUGCCCUCUUCAUUGUUCACCCUGGUUCCGAAGUAAAUUUUGUAUACAUUUUUCUCAUAGAUAAGAAUUUAAAAAUGAAUGAGAGAUUCACAUGUGGAACUACAGGUGGGCUGUUAUUGAGCUCCAUAGCUGUCCAUACUUCUAUAACUCUAAAACCCUUUACUACUGGUCCUGUUCAUCUGUCAAGUAAAGUCUGACUUUCCAAAAUGUACUCAAGACUGAACAAUUUAAAGCCACAGUAUGUAACUUUUCAGUCAAAAAUACAUCCAUCCACACAAAUGUCAGUUUGUGGGGGGUAAAAAAUUUAGAAGAAAAGUUCAAAAGUUCUUAAACAGAAUCUUUACCCACAUCAUCAACACUGAAAAUUCUCUCAAAUUCUGGCACUUUAAUUUUUUUUGUUUUAACAAAAUAAAUCUCUAAUGUUUUAGUGUUAUCUUUAUUAACAUCUAUCAUUAUUAGUCUAAUCAUAACUUUAUUUUAGUUAUAUAUUAUAAGCUUGGGCCUUAUUAACAUCAUUGCUAAGUAACAUGGAGAUCAGCAGUGACCGCCAAAUCCCUGGUUUUGGAACUAGAUUGCUUAUUUUCCCCACAGACAUUCUGAAAAAUGUAAAAAAAUAUAUAUAAAAUUUGAAAGCUCAGGGCUAAUCUCUGUGGUAACUAAUGAGCGCAAGACUUGAGAUAUUAUUUAAAAUCUGUUUCUGAAAUUUUAAAAAUUGCUAAGUUAUUAAAGCAUUUCACUGAAUCUUGCAUUUUACAUGCACAUUUUGGACUUGAAACAGCUGUGUUACAAAUGUUCUUGAA